AUGGUCACGGCUCAGCGCUUUCGGCAGCGCAAGCUGUCCGUUAAGCAGAGUCUGCCGAUUUUACGAGAGAGCGACGUCGACCAGUCGCUAGAUGAUGAUGCCGCCAGACAUAUCCCGCGCAUCGAGACUGGCGUCGAGAAGGGUGAGGAAACGGAACAUCAUCUUCAGGCAGUCAUAUCCGCGGCACAGGCGGGUGGGACAGCGGCUCACAUCUACAUCCCCACUCCGGAGGCAGUAGCGAGCAGCCUCCAAUAUGAGGCUCUGUAUCCGCGGCACUUCCGCCAGCCAGCGACGUACAUUCGCUUCUCGUCCACGGUGGAGGACUGCGUGGGCAGCCCCUAUUGCAUGGAUGAGGAGGAUGAGGCCUUCUUGCGGGAACUGAAUGCCAAGAAGCCCCAAGAGGAGCAAUGCACCGAAGAUCAGUUCGAGGUGGUCAUGAGCGCGUUCGAGCGGGUCUCGGAAAUCCGGCAACCGUUCGCGUCCGUCGAUCCAAACACACCGAUCCUCAGUCUCGACGAGCUGGAAGGCGGGUUCGAUGACACUGUGGACGACGCAUCGCGUCCGUUCGCCGCGGAUAUCUAUCCGCAUUGGAAGGAUAGGCGGAGGGACCGCGAGAACCAUAGUCUCAUGUCGUCCCUAAAAUUCGAGCGGAAUGCCGAUACGGACGACGGAGAUCCUUACGUGUGUUUCCGACGACGAGAGGUGCGGCAGGUGCGGAAAACCCGUGGACGGGAUGCGCAGGCGACGGAGAGGCUGUUCACGUUUCGGCGGCAGUACGAAACGUCGCGAUAUCUCUGCCACCUCGUCGUGCAGUUUCAGCGAGCCAAGGCGGAUCAGUUGGCACAGGACGAGCUCAUUUUCCGGCAACGGAGAGCGCUGCUCGAGGCGAAACGGAGUUUGGGAAUCAAGGAGGGGGACAUGGAAUUGCUCAUCAAUCAGGUAAAAGCUCCUCGACCCGAAGCAGGGGUCCAACGAGCUCGUGUAGCAGGUCAGCAGCCGUCAUUGCCCGCUGCGGUUCGCCCUAUGGAAUCCGACGUGAUCAUGUACGAGGACCAGAAAGCCAAGCGCGCCGACAGCAUCCGCACCUUCGUCAACGAGCACAAACAGCGGCACCAGGUCUGGAACGAGGGCUAUGUCGACGAUACCUGGCGUCCCAUAACCCCGCCCCUCGAAUCCGCCGCCCUAGACGACCCGGAAUUUGUCUCCCUCUUCAACCGCAUCCUCCCCACACCCCCCACCUCCGCCGAGGGUUCCGACUCG